AUAACUGGUUAUCACACUGCACUGAUUAGUUAACGGGAAAAUCCAAUCGAUCGAUUACAUUGAUUUGAGUGUGGCCGAGUCGCUGCUUAUGAAACCGCACGGCUGUUUAUAGAAACUGUUCCGUGUUGACGUUCAGUGACAGCGAUAGACAAUCUUCCCAUUACAGUAAUUUAAUAUUCGUACGCUGUGGCAUAGCUGCAGCUAAAUUGUGUUUGUUUGCUAAUUUAUUAAAACUACAAACAGCUGCGGUAGACAAAUGUCAGCAAUAAGUGACUGCAAACGACACCGGCCACAUUUCCCCUACCUGUAAUGGAUUAACGUUUAAUCAAGCGACGAAUAUAAUAAAAAAGGAGCUAGUGAAAGAGCAGUAUGGAGUGGCCGGGAGAUUUUCCUGACGACCAUGCCCCUGUGGAGCUGCUGGUUCCAGGGGUUUCCAGUGAGCUGGACUUUGAACAGUUUCUAAAAGACACAGAGGAGAAACUCAAUCUCAAUGCCAGCAGCAUCGAACAGCAGCUAAAGGAGAUCCAGGCUAAGAUGGGAGACUCCCGGGCAGGGGAACGUCCGCCAAGCCCUUCAGAGUGCCUACAGUGGUUCAACCUCAGAAUGCACAACAGUGUCAGGCCUGUUACCAUGGGACAUCAAGAGGUCAUGGACUUCUUCAGAGCUUUGCAACAGUACCUGAGAUCCGAUGAAGAGGGGAAAGAGGAGGUGAUGCUUCAGCUGCUGCUGAAUCUGUCUGCCCAGUGUGGUGUCUGCUUUCCUUGUACCCCUUCUUCUUCCUCCUCGUCUUCCUCUCUUCAUCCUCAACUGACUACCUCCUCCAUCCACUUAAUGCAUACAGUCAGAGAUGAUGCUUCGUUAGAGAUCCAGGAGGCAUGGGAUAAUGUGCGUCUCCAGCUGCGCCGCCACCUGCUGGACCGGCUGUCUUCCCGCAGCCCAGAUCAUCCUGGAGCCAUACAAAUUUCCAUUCUGUCCAUUCCUGAACGAGUCCACUGUCUGCAACAGCUGUUCUUUCUUUAUCCUGAGUCUGAGGUGCUCACACAUUACCAGGGCCUUAGAAGCCAGUCGGUGCUGGCUAUUCUGCACUCAACCCUGAGCUCCAGCCCAAGUGGUGAGACUGGCUUUGACAGACUGGCUCAGGGUUUCCGCUUUGUGAUCCCAGCUCUGACCCAAGCCCUCACGGAGGAGCUCCAAGUACUUUCAAGGCUAGCAGAACCGCACACCAUUCUCGGUUUCAUUAAUACAGCUUACCUCAGCACUGUGGCCCGGGAACUGGCCUCCCUGGUGGAGAAAGAAAGUGAGACGGCCCUGAGGGACAACACCACGCUCAGCAGCAAGAUCAAAAAAUAUUCAGCCAGGUCCCGUGCAACUGUGGCGCCAAUGGAGCUUCCCAUGAAAAGCAGGAGCUUUAGUCUGACCUCCCACCAGUUGAGGGCGUUAACCCAGCUGGCCUGCACUCUGCUGGGGUUUGAGAGCAAUGUGAAGGAGCUGGUCACUAACGCGACCUUCAUUAACUGUACAGGAGACACUCCGUGUGUAAAAGGCAUCUUGAAAAAGAGUAGGGAAGAGUCAGACGUGACAACAGAUGGCAAGAAAUCCACAGCAGAAACACUUCUCCAUGCACCAGAGGCACAGGUUCUGGAGUUUAACUGGAGGUCAGCAUUUAGGGGGCUGGUCCCUCACAUGGAGCAUUGUGUUAAAGUGGUGCUGGAUGACGUUUGUACUCGGAGUCUACAGCAGGAAGAGGCCUUAUAUUCUUCAGGACACACCUCCAUCGCCCUGUGUUGCACAACUGGACACACCAGCAUCGCUGCCAGCACCACACAUCUCAGAGAAGACUCCUUCUACACCUACUCAGAGAGGGAGACUCCCAAAAUGAUAGCCCAGUUUUGUGGAGCAAUCAUGGCUGAGUUGGAUGCCUUACUACCCCUGGCAGCAGCCUGCAGGGACAGCUCUCUGCUGGAGGUACGAUCAAGCUUUGUGGAGGCCUGUGGCAGAGCAGCGUUUGCAGUGUUGGACCGUUUGCAGGAGAGGGCCCUGGAGGUACCAUCCUCUGCACCUCUGAAGAACCUACCUGCUCUGAUGGGCACUUGCAUUUAUGUGCACCAACGACUGGAACACUACCACGCCAGACUGAAAGAUUCAAAUACUGCUGCAGCUAAAGUACCCCUGACCCUGCUGCCUAUACAGAAGUACCAAGAUACAGUGUAUGCAUUGAAAGAUCAGCUGACCAGUUAUUGUGUCCAGGUUUGUUCCACCUGCAUUCUUCAGGAUCCAGAGAGUCAUCACUGGGCUGACCCCAAACCCUUCUUUGAGGGCGAGCGAUUCUCCUUUUCGGUGCAGAUGUGGUUCUACUUCCUGUGUGGGCUCCGUAGCGACCUGUGGGCAGUCCUUCCGGCUGAGUUAGCCAAGGAUGUGCUCGGCCAGGUGCUGUCAGAGACUUUACAGCUGCUGGUACAAAGAUAUGCCAGGGCCCGUCCUUCAUACAAGAGACACCUGCAAAUCAGAUGUGACAUUACGGCGAUGUUGCUGUAUGUGGAGCAUCUUAUGUGGAGUUUGUGUGAAAGUCCUGAGGCCUUGGUGCGCUCCAGCCCUUCUUCAGCAAUUGCCAUAAUCGCAGGCGGCUCAAACUGGCCGUACCAAAUCCACAGCCUGUGUGAGCAACUGCUGACGGUCCUCGUCAUUGUCACAGCUCCCCUAUCUUUCCUGCAUAGGACAUUUCUGAAUAAUCCUGCAAAGGAAUCCACGCCAGACCAGCCUGACAGCUCUGUUGUACACUGGCUAAAUGCAAUCGACCCUGACCUCUUCACAGAACAGGCCAUUCGAGAUGGCCUUAUGGGCCAGGCAGCCUUUACAUGUCAGCUGAGGCUGCUGACCUCUGACCCAGGACGCAAUCCCAAGCUGCUACUGCGAAUGCUGCUGUACAGAGACUGUCACCUGCCCCGAGUACUCCUGGAAAACUCGCAUUUUUGCCAGGAGAGUGCCUUAGAGAUGUCUACGGAAAGUUGCCAGGCAGGAGAUGACUUCAUAGUCUCAUUGUUCAACCUUUUCAGUUGCUUGAAUACUGUUCCCAAGGCCUUGACUCAAGCCCUUCAACCAUACCUGGACGGGGCACACAUAUGGGAGCAUCUCUACUCACUGGCAGACACAACACGGACAGCACCUGUAGUGAUCAGCAGUGUCCGGGCUAUAGUCACCAAGGCUACCAACAGCCUCCUGGUACACCUGUUCUCCAUGGUGAUGGAGUGGCAGGUCACUGAGGAUCUGAGCGGAGCCUUGUUCAAGAGGAAUGUACCAGAAAGCGUCCUGGCUAAAAUACCCAAGGAGUGGAACUACACACCACUGGAAGCGCAGGGAAAGGAGACUGCCACUAAGACUGUCAUACCCCUAGCCAUUCAAGCCAUGUCCUUCAUUUUCACCAACUUGCCCUUGGCUGUUGCAUCUGUGCCUCUCUCCGUUCGCUACCUUUUCCAAGUGGCAGAGAAGCACCUCUCCCAGUACGCCCGGCAGCUGCGCUCAGUGGGCCUGUUGCUCUGGGCGUUGUUAGGCUGCCUGAUCCAGGGCCUAGAGGACCUGGACACAAUAGAACAGAUCAGUGGUUUGGCCCUGGACCGCGGGGCAAAGGACCGUCUGUCCCUGCUGGCUGAGUGUCUACAGGCUGCCAUUGGCAUUCAACAGAAAGGUGUUCCCAAACCCACGGUGCACAAAGUUCUGCAGGCUCUGGAGGAAAAAAGACCCAAAUGGACAAACAUGCAGCUGCAGAAGGCCCGCAAGCUCUGCUCGGACAGUGUAUUUGAGCGAGAAAGGGAGAGCGGAGUCGCUGCGGCUGAACUGACUGAGCAGAAAAUAGGCCUGAUGCUGCUGGAGGUCUGCCACAAAGCAGGUGGCAGCGACUACCUGAGGCAGAUCUAUCACAUCAUCCAAGGCAAUGAGGAACUGUUGAUGUCUAAACUGAGUGGAGGCACAGACUUGCCAAAUGAUCCUCCACACUUGGUGAACUUUUGCCUUGGCUCUGACAGUCGCGUGGACACAACCUGUUUCAACCCUCUUCACCAAUUUGACCACAUUGGCACAAAGAAGCUGGAUCAGAGUGCCGUGGUCGACUGGGCAUGGGACUGGCCAAGGCUGCUGCCAGCCUAUCAGGGCAUGAGUCAGGUCACCUUCAAAACUCUGCUGGCCAACAGGUGGGAGAUGCAGGAGGGUGCGGAGCUGGAAGAUGGAGAGAAAGCAAUGGUAGAAGAACUUCAGAAAGCCUAUUUUGUUUGCUGCUGCAGUCCGGGACCACAGGACCCUCCUGAAGCUGAUGAGACACUAGCAGAGCAGACCCAGGGGGAAACACAACCAUCUGAUAAAAGUGCUGCCCAAUAAAAGUCCACACAGUUGGAAUUUUUAUCGUGUUGUAAAUGUUUGCUUGUAAUAUGCACUUGCAGCUCUCAAGGUGGUAGAAUGUGUGUGUGUGUGUGUGUGUAGUUGUGUGUGUGCGUGUGUGUGUGUGUGUAUACACAUUUGUGGGUUGUGGGUGUAAUUGGGUUUGUGUGUGUACUGUAUGCAGUGAGUUUGCAUAAGUGUGUGCAUGAAAACAUGAGUGAAUGAGAGGACGAGAAACCGAACAACAACAAAAAGAGCGAGGGAGACGGCGCCUCCCUCUUUAUGCACAUGCCUCAGACAAACUCCCUGUGCUUUUCUAUGCUGCAUCAGACGCAUUUCAUCUUUUUGGAGCACAUCUCCGGAAAUCAGUUCUGGGAAAUGGAGAACCCGGAUUUGUUUGCCUGGGACAAGAUGGGACUGUGUGAUCAUUGUAGGUAGUUGA